GGAGAAGACUCGCUGCGUCCGAGUCCCAGCCGUCUCGAGGCCGGCCCGCCGUGAUGCUCGCGGUGUCGGAGCGUCGUCCGACUCGUGGGAAGAGGCAAGGACGUGUCGACCACGAGCCAAGCGGAGGCCGCGACCGGACAUGAGUUCCCGCGCGCAGUGAAGAUUCGGAGCGUGUUGCGCGAGGCGUCGGCUUCCUGUACCCUGUUUUAAGAAGGGACUUGGGAAUUGUAUACGACUUGUUGCGGUUCGAACCCUCGAACGAUGUUGGUGUUUUGGCGUUCACGGGAGAGGUAUUGGAGGCGUCGAAGCUCCGGUUCGUGCUGACGCUCCCAGUGGUCGACGAGGAUUACAAAUGGAACAGGAACAGGAGAAAGAAGACGUCCAAGAGGACCUGGCGCAGGCCGCCGGCGUGGACGAAGAUGCUGCGUGCGGCAGCAGCCCCCGGCGCUCGCCCUCGCAGCGGGUGGGCGAGGCCCUGCGCUCAGCGUCGACCUUCUGGGGCAACAUGGCUCGCUUUCGACCGAGCUUCCUGGGCGGCAAGGAGGAGGACAACCUGCCGGACCACCUGGGGCCCGUCAAGCAGCUAUAUUGCCGCACGGGGCACAAUUUGGCCGUCUUCCCUGCCGGCACCGUCUACGGCACCAGGGAGCCCUACAACCGAUACGAGGGCGACGACCAGCAAGACUCGGAAGUAGAAGACAAAGAGGAAGAAGCGACGGGGGAAGAAGGAGCCGUCCUUGGAUGCCCAGAACCCUUCGACCCACACGCCAUCUUGGAGCUGUCCUCUCACGACAUCGGAGAGGUGAGGAUCCGCGGAGUGGAGACGGGCCUCUACAUCUGCAUGGACGCCGAGGGAAACGUUUAUGCCAAGAAGGAUAGACUCGCAGAAGACGGCAUCUUCUACGAGAUCUACGAGGGCGGCUACAACAACUACCUGAGCAAGCUGAACAAGGAAAAAGGCUGGUACCUGGGCAUCAAGAAGUCCGGCGUGCCCAAGCCAGGACACAGGACGGCACGCGGCCAAAAGGCCGUCCAGUUCCUGCCCAGAGCCGCUCGGCAGCCCACCUAGCGGGAGCACGUCGCGUGUUGAGCCGGUCUCUGUCACACCUGACGGUGCAGCAGCCAAAAAACAAGGCCUCGGUGCUAGAAUUUUUACGUCACCUACCGAAGGCCAGCUCGGGGAGCUGAUUGGGCACGAGCUCUGCAUCAGCGUUCGGCCGGGACUCGUGUCCAAUCAGCAAAGACACGAGUUCCAGAGGAACGCUGACGCGGAAUUCGUGUCCAAUGCCUGCCCCGUGCUGGCCUUCACUAGGUGACGUAGAAAUUCCAGCUCUACGGCCUUGCUACCACUCUCUCUGUCUCGGUAAAACCGCGCAGUGGAGCAAAGCUGCCACCCUCACGAGAAAAUUAAAAGAAGGAACGCCACUCUUUCCAUUGGCUUACGAGGCCAUAGCGCUCGUAAGCUAAUCAGAAGAGUGGCGUUUGCUCUUCUAAUUGGCUCACAAGAGCUGCAGCGUUGGCUCCACCGCACGGUCUUAGUGAGACAGAGCGUGGGAGGUGUACGGCGUGAACCUUCCUUCGGUCGUGGCAGGUUUCGCAUUUCUCCAAGUCGCAUAUAGGGACUAUUCACUGGACGCCAUAUUUGUGGGUGCUGUUUAGA